GUAGUAUUUCAAAAUUCAAUUUUCACCGUGAGGUUCUAACCUUCCUAUCUCCCUCCAAAAUUCCCCUUUCGCGGAGCUCUCAGAGCACCAAUCCACCGGAGAUUCAUGGCGUCAAGUUCACACGGCGGCGUUUCUGGUCGGAUAAAGAACUUAACUUCCACUUACGGCACUGAUAUUCAACCUAUCAUCUCUGAUAUCCGUUCAACAGUUGGUGUGAUGAAGGGUAUUGCAGUUCAAUUGGAAAAAGACAAGCUUUUUGACAAGGUGAAGGAGAUGGAAGAUGCUGUUGUGGAGUUAAUUGGCUUAAAUGAACUUAGUGUGCAUUUUUCAUCUUCUGUUCAAGCUUUUGGUAAUAGAUACAAGCCUGGAGAACAGUUGACUGAUUUUCAUAAGGUGUUUGAGGAUGAAAUUUCGCAGUUUCAGGCCAAUCGAAAUUCAGAUGUUCAAAGACAUACUUUAGUGCGCCAAUUUAAGGAAGCUGUAUGGAAUGUGCAUCAUGAGGGACAACCAAUGCCAGGUGAAGAAAAUGAUGACAUUGUAAUGACCGGUACCCAAUCUAAUAUUUUGAAUUUCAAAUGUCCAUUGAGUGGAAAGCCUAUUACUGAGCUUCAAGAACCAGUUCGCAGCAUGCAAUGUAGGCACAUUUAUGAAAAGCAAGUGAUAACGCAAUAUAUCCAGUCAGAGGGUGGCCGUACUCAAUGCCCAAUAUCGGGUUGCCCAAAGGCGUUGGAUGUUAAUGUGCUGGUACAGGAUCCGUCGUUGGCUGUGGAUAUUGACGAAAUGCGAAAAAUGGACAAAGAAACUAAUGUAGAAGAUUUCACCAUGCUUGAUGAAGAUUAGUGAUUGAUUAAACGAACUGGUGAUAAGAUUUUGUCUGUAAAUUCUGAUAGUUUUUGACUUUCACUAUGAUGACUUGUGUUGAUUUUUUAUGGCAUGUGUUUAUUGAACUGGUUUCAACUUGCAAAUUUGCAUGCGUUAGUGAGGUUUCUAUGACUUUGUUUUUCAUA